CUCUUCUGUCAAAAAUUUGAUCGAACGCAGGUUUUUGUUCGGAAUUGAUUAAAUCUAUUUUCGGAAGAAAAUAACAAUUCUUCUAAUAUGAUUCAGUGAAUGUUGUGUAUAAAACUUGUUGAAGCUGGCGGCGUUUGGUGUAAAAAUGUGGAUUCCUACGAAAUCACCAAAGCUAGCUGUCGCUGUUUAUAACUGGAAAGGCGAUGUCAGAUAUGGAUUACCAUUGGAAAUCGGAGAGACUGUCCAAAUAUUGGAGGAAAAUGGAGUCUGGUACAGAGGCUUCAGCUCCAAGAACAGGUCUUCGUGGGGCAUAUUUCCAUCAUGUGUGGUGUCCAUACGGCCAUGCAUCGUGAAGGGAUCAGGUGCCACAGCCAUAGCAGAGCUGAAGGAUGACCCUCUAGUCCGGGAGAUAGCAUGUGUCUUGAGAGAAUGGGCCCGAUUGUGGAAAAAGCUUUAUGUGGAGCGGGAGACCUACAGGUUCAGUGCAGUAGCCAAGGUGAUGCGGGAACUCCUAAGUGGGAGACGAGCACUCCUGGCCGGUACCCUGACCCAGGACCAAACUCGAGCUCUAAGACUUAAGCUGGUGGCCAAACUCGACUGGGGUAACAGAAAACUCGGGCUGGAGUUGGUGCCCCGUCGUGGUGCGGAAGCGGUCGAUCCUGAGGAUAUGAGCCUCGUGGAACUAUACAGAGUGCACGUUGAAAGCGCAGAAAGGGCAGCAGCGUGGCGUGGCACACUUCGCCGGGCAGGCGGAUCAGGCAGCAGUUUCAACUCAGGCACGCUAACCUCAAACAGCUCCACCACAUCUACCACCACAGUCCAAUCCCACCACCUCAUGUGCAGUAUGAGGGACUUUGGCCAUACUGCCGGAGGUGACGAGGCAGAACUGCUACUCUGGCUGCACGACGCAAGACGAGCUCAACCUUUGUCAGAGAGAUUCCGAAUCAGAAUAGCCAGAGACGGAUUCUCGAAUUACGUGGAUAGAUUGCAUGCCAACAGUACUUUAUUUGCGGACCUAUCAACGACGGAUCUCUCUCGAGAGCUAUGGCUGGUCGCGUGGGUGAUACGAGUGGGGCGAUGGGCUGGAGCCGGCAGCAGCGGCAGCGGGACUGGGGAACGAAGAGGUCCGGUAGCCAGAAGACCCUUGGGUGCUGGAGUGUUACCUCUAGCUGAGUUCUUAAGACAACCUGGACAACAUCCUGGAGAGAAGGAGUAUACGUUUAAAGUGUAUCAAUGCGAAGAGAAAGAUUUCCACCAACUACAUGACAUGCUAAUAAGGAAACAAACAAACAAGUGCAAUAUUCUACCUGGACAACCCAACUAUGGCAUAGUAGUGGCCCUGCGUCUCUUGUCAAACGCGGGGAGCAUAUCAGAAGCAGUUAGUUCCGGAGCCACCGUGACUGCUAAACGUGGUUUCCCUGACGUCAUCAUGCCGGGCGACGUUCGCAACGACCUCUACCUGACGUUGGAGAAAGCAGAGUUCGAACGAGGUGGAAAAAGUACCGCGAAGAAUGUUCUAGCCACUGUCACCGUACAUGAUAGUACUGGACAGGUUAUUAAUGAAUGUGUAUGGGGAGCGAGUGGCAAUGGGUCCACGUCGUACGAGUCAGUGGUACUAUACCACAACAACAGUCCGGCGUGGGGAGAGCACCUGCGGCUCACUGUGCCACUGGAGACGUUCACUAAUGCACAUGUCCGCAUCGAGUUUAGGCAUUGUUCCACGAGAGACAAAACGGAGAGGAAACUGUAUGGUUUCGCGUUCGCCCGAUUGAUGGAAGCUAGCGGGGCUACUUUGAGGGAUGGUGCACAUGAACUGUAUGUUUACAAAUGCGACGAUCCUACCAAAUUAACAUCAGCGAGCUACCUGUCCCUACCGUCAUGCGCAGCAGACAGUGCCCGCGCGGGCUCAGUCAACGGCGUCGUGCCGACAUUCCAAAGAAGUUCCAAAGAAAACUGCACCAUCAGCACUUUACUGUGCUCCACUAAGUUAACUCAAAAUGAGGAUCUCCUAGCCCUACUGCAAUGGCGCGCCCGUCCAGAGAAGGUGCAAGAGACGUUACUUCGUGUACUGAGACUGGGCGACGGACUCAGCUGUGAAGAACUCAUCAAGUUCCUUAGAGAUGUACUAGACGCUUUAUUCGCGCUGUUCUCUACUGAAGAUGGGAAUAGUACGCCACAUUCAGGCACAGUGUUCCUGGUAUUGAUAUCGAUAUGCAGCUUGCUAGACGAGAGUCGGUUUCAACAUUUUAGGCCGGUACUGGAUGUUUAUAUCGAAGAACAUUUCUCUGCUGCUCUAGUUUACAAAGGCCUCCUAUCAUCAGUACAGCACUGUGCGGAAUGGGCAGCUAGCGCGGAAGGUCAGGAACCAAUUCGCAAGUGUCUACGUUCUCUAGGCGCAGUGUUCAGACUGGCUGUGAGAUCUCGACGUCUGUUCGCUAGAGCUACCGGUGGACAGUAUGAAGAUAGCUUCAGAAGAGAUGUCAGGGCUGCGCUACAUGCGCUAAAGGCUUUUGCGCAACACCCUUACAAGGAACAUCUUGCACCGGCUCAGGUGGCGCUGAUGUCGUCGUGGGCGGAGGUGUCCCGCGAGGUGUGCGGCGCGCUGGGCGCGGGCGAGGCGGCGCGCGCCGCGGCACUCGUACUGGACGCGCCCCCGCACCACCCGCCGCCGCCGCCACCACUCGCACGGGCACGACUGCACGCCGCGCAGGACAUACUCAAGGGGCCGCUCGGGGAGGACCCGGAGGCAAGAAACAUAAUCCUAACAACAGCCUGCCACCACCUACGAGUGCACCUCGCUCGACGGGACGAGCUACAACAAUGUGCUGAGAUGAUAGGAGAACUAGUGGCUCUGCUGUGGAAGAAACCAGACCCCGACCGACCCGUGGAGGAUGAUGAACUGGACCCCGACGUCGAUGUGCUCUGUCUCAACACCUUGGAUGUGUUGGUGGAGACUGUGCUGCAUCUGAUUGGAGGAAACUCGCCUGUGCUUGGAUCAAUGGUAGCUGGUCUCCUCGGUGUAAUGGAACUACUGAAGCCCGUCCACUACCAGCGACUGUGGAGCCAUCUAGCUCCACACCCACAUGAUCGGAAACCACUGAAAGACUUCCUCAUGCGAGCCUUCUUAGUCUUCAGGCAUCUUAUUGAACAAGACGUAUUCCCAGGGGACUGGAUGGUACUGCGCGUACAAAGCUGUAAGGUGCUUCUCUCAGCUCUGCAAGACUUGGCUCAGCCGCUACUCGAAAGGUUCCUAGGAGACGAACCGCCUCAGUUUGAUUCCCAGUUAUGGUCAGGCUACAUGGAGUUAGGCGUGGCCCUGGUAACAUCUACCGCGCUCCAACCGGAGCGGUGGUCGGGUCGCGGACCGGACAGGCCGCGGAUGCGGGCCGCCGCCGGCAUGAGGGUACUGGCUACUUGGAACCUUUUAGGUCCAGCCCAACUCCACUUAGUACCAGGCGCAGUAGGAGCUCUCCUAGAAAUAACACUAGUAGGCGAGCUUCGUCGCGCGGCGCUAGGGGCGCUGGUGUCGUUAAUGGCAGCCGAGCGAGCCCACGCGGGACAUGCCCGACGGACUGAGGCCGCCUUGGUAGACAAACUCGACUCACUCGUAGCAGAUAACAAGGCGGAUGAUCAUUAUCGACGACUCUUUGAUACUGUGGAACAUUUGAGCUCAGUGUUGAUGGAGCGAGUAUCGACGGAGGGGUGGCGCGAGGCGGGCGCGGCGUUCGUGGCGUGCGUGACGCGUCUGCUGGAGCGCCUGCUGGACUACCGCGCCGUCAUGCAGGGCGCAGAGCACAGGGACAAGAGGAUGGCCGCCACCGUCAACUUGCUGAACUUCUACAAGAACGAGAUAGACCGCAAGGAGAUGUACCUGCGCUACGUGUACAAGCUGCAUGAUCUCCACAUCGCGUCCGAUAACUUCGUCGAAGCGGGCUGCACUUUACUGUUAUACGCAGAAACAUUGAGUUGGGAGAGCGAUCAGAUUGGCGUGGAUCCCGAAUACCCGGAGAUGCCAGAGUGGAAACGUAAAGAAGCCAUCUACAACCAAGUGCUGCAAUAUUUUGAUCGUGGAAAGUGCUGGGAAAAAGGUCUGCCCCUACUCCGCGAGCUAGCGACACUGUACGAAGUGAAGCUAUGUGACUACCCACGUCUGUCGCACUGUCUGCGAACACAUGCGACCUUCCUGGACUCCGUCAUGGAACAGCUCAGACCUGAACCUGAGUACUUCAGGGUCGGAUUCUAUGGGAAAGGGUGUCCGUUGUUUGUGAGGAACAAGCAGUUCGUGUACCGCGGGCACGACUACGAGCGUAUCGGCGCGUUCACGCAGCGCCUGCAGGCCGAGUACGUGGCCGCGCACAUACUCAUGCGGAACACGCCGCCCGACGACUCCGUCAUCGCUAACGACGGACAGUAUAUUCAAAUCUGCAACGUGAAGCCGGUAGCGUCCCGCCGUCAGUGGCCGUCCGGUACUCCGGAGCAAGUGAAGCGGUUCUACGCCUGCAACGAUGUCGACACCUUCCUCUGUGACAGACCACUACAGAAACCUCCCAUUGAUAAAGAUAACGAGUUUAAGAGCCUUUGGAUUGAACGAACGACAUUAGUGACAGAGAACACACUGCCAGGCAUUCUACGAUGGUCUGAAGUUAUUUCCAGAUCUGUUGAAGAAAUACCACCAGUAGAAUACGCCUGCGAAACAAUGGAAGCAACAGAACGGGAGCUUCGCAGCCUAAUCUCGCAGUACACGGCCGACCCUACACUGAACAUUAAUCCAUUCUCCAUGCGACUACAAGGGACUAUAGACGCGAAUGUACAAGGCGGCAUCACGAAGUACGAGCAAGCGUUCAUGACGGCGGAGUUUGCCCGGAACGCCUCGCCCAGGGAGGCGGCCGCCGCAGCCAAACUAAGGAGGCUCGUGUCUUCGCAGCUUGCCGUGGUAGAUGCUGGGCUCAGUCUGCAUGGAAGAUUGGCGCCUGAGGAUGUGAAACCGCUUCAUAGACGACUCGUGGAACGAUUUAACCAACUACGCCAAAACUUAGGACCGGGAUUGGCUCGGGCACGGAGACAACUAUCAGAAAGUAUUGUUAACACGCCAUUACCACCGGUCCCAGCACUGGACAAGCGAUCUCAGAGUAUACAACAAAGCGACAACUACUAUGAUGACGGCCAUCUCUAUGAUAAACCACUAUCAAUGGAAGACGCAAUGGAGCAGCAGAGUAUAAUGUCAAGCAGUCUCCCGAUCAGUGACAACCGCGACUGUGUAGAAGACAACUCCAUGAUCAAGUCUGCGCCCCCGCUACCUAUCAGACCCAAGUCUGGAGACCCGAGGAGUCCGACAAGACCACCGCUGGAAAAGUACCGAGACUCAAUCGACGGCGACUUGGUCGACCAGUGCCGACACAGCCGCGCGUCCUGGAGCGAGCCAGGAGACGCACCUCCAUUACCACCAAGAGUAUCUGGAGACAAACGGUCUUGGAUCGAAGCCCCGCCCGCCAUUCCCCGUCGCGGGCCGCGCUGUAUGGACACACCGGACGACGCGCGGGACUCCGGCGUCAGCGUGGACCAUGCAUAUGGAAACGCAGAUGAACAUGGCCAUCUGCAUAAAGAUUUAGAUCUCACAGUAGACUCACUACGAUAUGAGGAAAUAAUCUCAAUGAUGUCGGAACCACUCCGAGUGGAUGAGGGCGAGAAACCUCCUCCCAUACCACCGAAAGGACUCGGCCACCUCAGCUCAUUCGACUCAGGACACCACGAGAACGGCGAAUCACAUUGUUAAAGUAAGAUAUAACUAAAUAUCAAUAUUAUAAACAUUUUUGUUCUAAGCAAACAGCGCUAGUGUGGCGUUAAGUCCUUUAAGUCCAACGAAGGCAAAUUGUGCCACCAAAUGUCGCUUAUUUUGCCUAGGGAGUGGUUUGUCCAAUGGAGAAUUUCUUAGUGGCAAACCCAAUGGUUUGCCACUAAGAAAGCUAGUAAAAUUUUGACAGCUACAGUGUUUGGACAAAUAUGACUUCAACACUACAUAAGUGCCAUCUGUACCUUUAGUACGAAUUUGCUAUACGUUUAACGAAAACGAAUUGAUUGGUUGGUUCAUUUGCGCUGGCCAGUCAGAACGCCGAACGCACUCUUAUUUCGUUUUCGUUCAACGUAAAAUAAACUCGUACUAAGGGUUACAGAAGCAGGCAACAACAUUAGCACUCAUUGGGUAAAAAUUAUCUAUAGGCAACAAAUUGCUAGAGAUAUUGUAUUGGUUAAAACAUAGACUCUACGCCACAUUAACGCUUCUCACAUGAAAUCAUGAAUUUAAUGCUCUGUCAAAUAUAAUGUCUAGUAAAGUUUAUGUAAUAUUGAUGCUGGGUAGUCAACGGAACGUUUGCGAAACAAAAUGGCGACCUUAUCAUUUGACAGUUGCAUUGACUUGAUUAUGACUUUGAGUGAUUGAUCUGUGUUUAUUUAUUAGAGCAAAAUUGACUUUACAAGAAUUUUCGUAACAUUUGAAAUGAUGUUACGAAAAUUCAAAGGACAUCACACAUUUUGGGCUAAAUUCUAAAGUGAAUAAUACCGAAGUUAUUAGUUCCACAGUUUUGCUGUCAUAAUAAAAAAUGCUUAAGAGACCAAGUAAUAACAGAUUAUUCUAUUUUUCUUCAGCAUCUUGGCCGGCACUUUCGAAUUUAGACCAAAAUCGUACUAAACGUGUGGGUGAUGUCCUUUGUCUUGUUGUCUUACUUGUCUGAGGACGUUCCAUGUUAAAAGCUAACAUACAGUUUCUUCAACCCAGCGGAUUUAUUAAAUCGAUUUUUUGUUUUGCAAUUUGUUCAACAUUUGUCAAUUUUGCUCUAAUUGAAUCAUUCUUAAAAUCAACCAUCCACGAGAUUACAUUAUAACGCAGUGCUUAAUGCGUGAAUAUAAAAAGUCCUUUACUUCCAAACUGUACAUUUUUAGUACUGGACGGAACUUUAUUAUAUGUAUAUUUAAGCAAAUAUCAACUCUACCAAAAUGCAAUUAAUGUUGAUUUCAGAAUGUUUAUGAAUGAACAGCAGAUUUGCUUGUUAAGAAAUAUAAACCAUUUGAGUAUACGAUAAAAUUGAUUUUCCAAAAACAUUUGAAUAUUAUAUUAUGUGAAAUAUUUCUUUUUUUGCAGUAAUCAAGAAUCAUGAAACUAAUAGUGUCCAGACUAUUUUAGUUCGAGUUCUAGACGUUAUUAUCUAUACAUGAUAGGCUUAUAUUAUGUGUUAGAUUGUAUUUUCAAAUAUUUAUCAAUUCCUCGUAAGUGAAUUAUAACUUUUCCGUCAAAUGAAGUGAAAUCAAUCGAUUAAAUAGCAAUUUUCAAUGUAAAAAUGUUGACGCCUGAUAAAAUCUUCAUAGCAAAGAGUCGCACGAACGCCAUUGCUUUAUUAUAUCCAACAGGCACUCAUGGCAAAAUAUUUCUUUAUUUUAAUAGUAUAAUAAUUAUAUAGUAUGCAUAUCAUUCCUCGUAUGGAAUAAAAUUAUUAUUAGAUAUAAUUUAAUGUGAUUUAAAAUUAUAUUUUUGUUUUGGCACAGAAUGCAUUUAGUUAUCUGUCCGGGGCCAUAUAACAGUGAUAUAAUAUUAAUUUAAAACUUAACAUUUCUAACAAUAGACUAAAAUAAAUCAUUUUCUUACUUCUCUUUCUAAAUUUUGUAACAAAAAAUAAAAAAUAUUGCACUAUAAAAGAAAAAUGUAAUUAUUAUUAUUUAAAUUUCUCUUCCUAGAAUCCGUACUUUUAUGUAUUAUUUACAAAAUGUGUUUGAUUGUUGUAUUUUAUUCGUGAUUUUAUUAAACAAUUAUGAUUCCUAUAAAUAGUAUUAAAUUGGUAACGUUAUUUUAUACAUUGACAUAUUUUAUCGUACAUCAAAAUAUUUGAAUGGAAUUGUAUUAUUUUUGUAUGAAUUUUAUUGAGUUUUCUCAACCAAUUUUACUUUUAAAUAACAGUAUUGCUUUUGCAUAAUAAUGAAUUAUAUCAACAAAUUAUUUGUCAAAGUUAUUUUGAACUUUAUCAUCGUAUGUUUAGAGAAUAUUUAUGCUUGUUUUACUCAACUAUGUACGUAGACAAAUGUAUCAUUUUAGUCCGUAUUGCUUUGCUCAAUAUGUAGUUAAUUUUAGUCCGUCUUUGUGUAGUACAUACGUGAAAAAAAAAUAUUUUUGGAAAUUUUCAUAAAAAAUAAAAAUUAUUUCAAAUAAUAAUUGAUAAUUAUUUUGGCAACUAUUUUAGGUAACAAUUUUGGCUGAAUUUUAUUUUGCUAUUACCGUAGAAUAAAUUCUUAAUAUUUCUUCUUCUAUUUCAUAAAAUUAAAGUCUUCGUAACUACAAUUAUUUUUCCCUAAUAAUGGUGCAAUUUAAUUUAGUCUUGUAUUGUCGUGUUUCGAUGAAUUUUUUCAUACAAUUUUCAUAUUCUACAUUUAUAUUAUUAGUAUAGGAUUUGUAACGUUUAUUUCUCUUUAACAAAGAAUGGUAUAAAAAGUGUAUUUGUCCUCUCGAUGUAAAUAUAACGCUUUAAUUCUAUUGAUCUCUCGAUUUCUAAAUAAAAAAAAGUAUUAAAGCGAAAACUGAUUAAAAAAACAUUACAAUGUUCCUACAUUGUUUAAAAAAAUAUAUAAAAGUUCCAAGCUGACUGCUAAAAAAAAUACAUAAAUAGUUAUCUGUUACGUUAUAUUUUUAAACUGUUUAAAGCAAUGCAAUAUAAAUACCAAAUAGUAUAAGUAUACAAGAAAACUAAUUCAAACUUUUCUACUCAACAAUUAACAAAAUCUUCGACAACAAGUCUUUCCGAUAUAAUCAAGUGAUAUUUUUCAUACAUUUUACGCGUUAGAUUUUUUAACUAUAGCCCUUAAGUUCUAGGUGUUAAGAUUUACAUUUCCAACGAACAAUUUCAUAAAAUCUUUACAUCUGUUAAUGUGUGUAAUCGUAUUGUAUUGUUCAACAUUUUUAUAUUUAUGUAUUAACUAGUUUUUAUUGCUAUAUAACUGUUGUAAACUAGAUAAUUUUUGAAUAGCUAUCAACAUUACUAGUGGAGCGCCUGGGGGUUUUCACCUCGGAUUAGAGUUACAGUGAAUGAAUUAAUAUGAUCGAUGUGGGAUAUUGUUUUUUAAACUAUAAAUUGCAAUGUUUACCCAAAAUUUUUUGUGCACUCCAUUUUUUUAUUGUUUAAACAAAUUAUUAUAAAAAAUUAAUGUUUGACCAUAUAUUUUCACUUUAAACAGUAUUUUUUUUUAUUUAUAUGUUAAAUCUUACCUGAGUAGACAUAUAGGAACAUUUUUCAAAGAUACCUGUGUAUAAAAAUAGCAGUAUCUCGAACAGGUAGAAAAACGUGGAGGAGAGCGGAGCGACAGCUGCUAUGUACAAUGGAACUUCUUGGCCAGUUUAAUUAUAAAUGAAACGCACUUUAUUGUGUACAUUGAAAAAAAUACGGUAAUUAAUU